AUGGCAGAGUACAACGACUUCUUGGCUUUUUACAACGAUGAAAAUGACACGGAUCAUAACGGCACAGACCCCAGCUAUGUUGUGGAUGAACUGGUGAGUCUUUGUGCCACAGCUGCCGUGAACAGAUUUGGAGCCAAGUUCAACCCAACAUUCUGCACCAUCAAUUUCCUGUUGAGCAUCAUUGGGAAUGGGCUGGUUCUGUGCAUUAUCUGCAAAUAUGAGAAGCUCACUUCCGUCACCAACAUCUUCCUCCUCAACCUGGUCAUCUCUGAUCUGCUGUUCGCCUCCAGUUUACCCUUCUUGGCCAUUUACUACUACUCUGAGUGGAUCUUUGGCCCGGUCAUGUGCAAGCUGGUGGGUAGCGUGUACUUCAUAGGAUUCUACAGCUCCGUCCUCUUCCUCACUCUCAUGACCUUUGACCGGUACCUGGCUGUGGUCCAUGCCAUCAACUCUGCCAAAUGGAGGAGGAAGAUCUACGCCUGUGUCUCCUCAGCAGUUGUGUGGUGUAUCAGCCUUCUGGCCAGUGUCAAGGAGUUGGUUCUAUACAACGUCCGGAAGGAUCCUCGAGCCGGACACCUUUGUGAGGAGACUGGCUUCUCCAAGGAGAUCAUGAUGAAAUGGCAGCUUGUUGGAUACUAUCAGCAGUUUGUGAUCUUCUUCCUGUUUCCCUUGGCUAUGGUCAUGUACUGCUAUGUUAGAAUCACGGUCCGAAUCAUGUCAAUCCGGAUGAGUGAAAAGUGCAGGACAGUCAAGCUGAUUUUUGUGAUUAUAUUCACGUUUUUUGUGUGCUGGACCCCAUACAAUGUUGUGAUUCUGCUGAGGGCCCUCCAGUUCUCCACCAGUGA